GAAAACAUUAAGAUCUCUUGUAGUCUCAUACGGUAGAGGUUGGCGUUGAUAUUGGACGAAUCAUAUUAUAAAUUAAGCAUUAAGAUGGAAGAACACGUAAAUUUUGCUAAUCUUGAAGAAUUUGAAAUCAUCGAAGCUUGUGAUAUAGAUAAGAAUAUAAACAUUUGCGAAUUAUUGAGGACGUUUGCAGGAAGCACCUACUAUGUUGAUGAGGAGAAUAAGCCGAACCGCCAUCUCGAUGCCGUGAUCGCUAUGAUGGAGAAAGAUUACAAAGUUGCGAAAAUUUCCAACAGCUCUGGCAAUAAAUGCUUCAACUACCCCAUGGUCAUUCCCAUCAUGGAGUCAGAUCGUCACGCAACAGUAACCAUCUUCGAAGACCAAGAGAAUAAAACUCCUUCGUUCAACGCCAAUCAGCUGGAAGAUCUGUUUGAGGAAGCUAAAUUAGCAAGAUGUAGACAAAGGUUUCCUGUGCCUGUCAUUUUAUUCAAAGGCCAAUUUGUAUGCCGCUCGUCAACUGUAGCUAGCGUUCCUGAAGUAUGCUAUCGCGGAAGUUUUGCUUCCUCUGCCAAGGACGUUCUUAACGUUCUCUGGGAGUUCUUGUACCCCAGCGAAGAAUCACCUCCAGAGGUUUCACCAGAUGGUGAAAAAACCGAGUCCCAGAUACCUCCUUACUGCGAAAAAGUACGCAACGAAGACGUGAAGCUUUUAAAAGCGCUGAACGUCAAAACUAUUGUUAACAUCAUGGUAGAAAAACGGAAAGUCAAACUGGGCAUGUAUAUGAGUGCAUCCGAGACAGUUGAUGCCGAAAGGUACUCGAGCUUUCGAAUGUUAAGCAUGCCUUAUCCAGGCUGUGAAUUCUUCACCAAGUUCCACGAUAAUCUAUAUAAUUCCGAUGGUCUAUUUUAUAACUGGAAGGAUCCAUCAAAUAACGCUGAGAUAUCCGUUCCUGACGACAAAGUUUCUAAAAGUCUCUAUUAUAUUAUCUGGGAUUUUUAUAAGAAAUGGGACCUUACAGUGAUAACACAGAACUACAUGAAAUAUUUAAUUAAAAGAUUACAGAAUGAUAAUGACGGGGGAUUGCUUCUUCAUUGUAUCAGCGGUUGGGAUCGCACUCCUCUCUUCAUUUCAUUGAUUCGAUUGAGCUUGUGGGCGGAUGGGCUCAUCCACGAGAGCUUGGACGAAUAUGACAUGGUUUAUUUUACCCUUGCCUAUGACUGGUACCUAUUUGGACACCACCUGAGCGACCGUCUGGCCAAAAACGAAGAAAUUAUGAUGUUCUGUUUCGAUUUCCUCAAAAAAAUCACCGGGGACGAAUUUUCAGCAAAAUCAAAGAAGAGGUGUUCUGAUUCCCGUAGCUCAGCAGCGUCCAACGACUCAACGACGGAACAAGGGGAUGUAAUGACUCAGAGUCGUUAUAACAGACUCCGUUCUGACAUUAAGGACGCGUCACAGGAUCAUGACUUAGUGGAUGUCGCCAGUGAGUCAGCAGAAGAACCCCAACCACCUAUCAGUUUUGUAGCAGAUGACGAAGUGCGGAAACUGCGUAGAUAUAAUGAAACAAUGGCUGAUCUAUUUGCUGCCGAAGCAAGGGAUAAUGGCUCCAGGGGGUAUGUCUGCGGAGAACCAGGUGGCAGCACAAACAAUCGAUUGAGUCCGGAAGGUGCUCGUGCACGUGUAUCAUCACCUGUGUCUAUGAAAAGUCCAAAAAAGAGACAAAGAACAACUAGCUCUGCCAGUAAUGACAGCAGAAGAGAUAGUUGGCAGUGCAUUAAUGAGAAUGGAAGCCUGGAACAAGACUCGAGUAUGAAAUCUGUGAGAGCACACAAAUUGACAACAGCGAGGAAGAUAUUUUUGUCUUGCUAUCAUAAAACUGUGAAGGGUGAAUCGUAUGGACCUCCAAAAAAAGGUGUUAUAGAAAAAACACUUCUCUAUUUGCGCAGCUUUUUUGAAACCCCCUUAGGCUCAGAACCGGAUCCUACGGAGGAAUCUUCUAAUAACGACCAAGAAAAUGACGAAUAAGCCUCAAUAGGCAUUUUACAAUUUUUUCGUUUGUAUUGUCCCAUUUCUACAUUUUAGUAUUGUAUCUUCGUGUAAUUUUAAUUUGGCACAAUAUUGGAAUGUUCCUAUUGCGAUACCUGUUGAUAUUAUUGUAACAGUUUUAAUUUAUCUUAAAAUGUUGUGUAAAAUUAGUGUGUCGUCGUUAUGUAAUAUUGACUUUUAUAAUUUGAAAGCAAAAAAUAAAAAGUAUGAAUUGUGA